AUGCAAUUACGAGAAAUGGCGCCCUCACCGGCGUUGCUGGCACUGGCUGCCAUCUUGACGCCCCAGCUGGUAUCAGCUUUUUACCUUCCGGGAGUGGCGCCGACAUCAUACAAACCAGGCGACAAGGUGCCUCUAUACGUAAACACCAUCAGGCCGGUCGCAUCACGGCAGGAUUCGAUGCUGCAUUCGGUCGUCUCUUAUGAUUACUAUCACCCCCUGUUCAAGUUCUGCCAGCCCGAAGGCGGUCCGGAGAGUGUCAGCGAGAGCUUGGGGAGCAUCCUCUUUGGCGACAGGAUCAUGACCUCCCCCUUCGAACUCAACAUGGCCCAAAACGAGACUUGCAAACCGAUGUGCAAGGUCACUUACGACGCAGGAUCGGCUAAAUUUGUCAACACCAGGAUCGAGCAGGGCUACAGCGUUAACUGGUUGGUAGAUGGUCUGCCAGCGGGCGAGUUGGUGCCGGACCACGGCAGCCUUCCGGACCAGGUUCUGGAGGAGCCCGGGGUUACGUACAACAGCCAAGGCUUCUCCCUGGGUCUAGAGGACUACUCCACGGGUAUUAUCGUGUUCAACAACCACUACGAUAUCUACAUCGACUACCAUGCAGUUAACAAGAAGCCGGACCAGCUUCGUGUGGUUGGAGUCCGGGUCACGCCGCGCUCUCUCGACUACCGCGACAAGCCUGCAGACUGCGGCCAGCACGAGCCCUUGAUCCUCAACGACGACGGCGAGACGCCCGUUCAGUUCUCGUACAGCGUCUACUGGAUCGAGUCGCCGACGGUCUGGGCGACGCGCUGGGACAAGUACCUGCGCGUGUACGACCCCAAGAUCCACUGGUUCUCGCUCAUCAACUCGACCGUGAUUGUGCUCGUGCUCGUGGCCACUGUCAUGUCCAUCCUGGUCCGGGCCCUGCGCAAGGAUAUUGCCCGCUACAACCGCCUCGACCAGAUCGACCUCGACGACCUCUCGGGUGGCGGCGGCGACUCGCUCGAGGACGGCGUCCAGGAGGAUUCCGGCUGGAAGCUGGUCCAUGGCGACGUCUUCCGUACGCCCUCGCAUCCGCUCCUCCUGUCCGUCUUCCUCGGCACCGGCGCGAAGCUCUUUGUCAUGACCGGUUUCACCAUUGUCUUUGCGCUUCUCGGAUUCCUGUCCCCGUCUUCGCGCGGUUCGCUUGCCACCAUCCUGGUGCUCUCCUACACUGUCCUGGCAGCGGUUAGCGGCUACGUGUCGGCUCGCGUUUACAAGUCGUUUGGCGGCGAAAAGUGGAAGCUCAAUAUGGUGCUCACGCCGACCUUGAUACCCGUCAUCGUCUUCUCGACCUUUUUCUUGCUCAACCUCUUCCUCUGGGCCAAAGGGUCAUCGGGCGCCGUCCCCUUCACCACCAUGCUGGUCAUCAUCGGCAUCUGGUUCGUCAUCUCGGUCCCGCUCUCAGUCGCCGGCUCCUUCCUCGGCUUCCGCCACUCGGCCAUUGAGCCGCCUGUGCGCACCAACCAGAUCCCGCGACAGAUCCCAGCCGCGAGCACGACGUGGCUCCGACCCAUCCCCAGCAUGCUCCUGGUCGGCAUGCUGCCGUUCGUCGUCAUCUUUGUCGAGCUCUACUUCAUCAUGAACUCGAUGUGGUUCAGCCGCAUCUACUACAUGUUUGGGUUCCUCUUCCUGUGCUACGGCCUCAUGAUCGUCACCACGGCCUGCGUCACCAUCCUCAUGGUCUAUUUCCUGCUCUGCGCCGAGAACUACAACUGGCAGUGGCGCUCCUUCAUGGCGGCAGGCGCCAGCGCAUUCUUUAUCUUUGGCCACGCCAUGCUCUACUGGAUCAGCCAGCUGUCGCUUGCUGGUUUCGCCGGUAGCGUUGUUUACUUGGGCUACAGCGCUCUGUUGUCGUUCCUCUUCUUUAUCCUUACAGGCACGAUCGGUUUCUUCGCCAGCUGGUGGUUCACCCGCAAAAUCUACAGCUCCAUCAAGAUCGAUUGA